AUGCACGUUAGCCUUGACAACAUCAACUUUUACUCUCAUCCCGCUGCAAAACCCUCCUCACGUGCCUUCCCUGAUUCCUGCUGGAGGGCCUAUAAUGCCUCGGUGGCUCCGCAAACGCUUCCGCAUGUCCUCCCGCCGAGCCCAAAUUUUCAUGAAACGUCCUUCAACUCCGCAUCUAGUCCUAGCGCCAAUGUAUCUCGAGAAUUCCUUGUUAAUGUGAGGGGAAAUUUGGAUGCAAGUGCAGGCAGUGAAUUCGAUACCGAGAUAGAGGCAGCUAUGGCGCAAAGCAGCCAAGCCACGCUUGGGACAGACUUUAAUAUGCACCUCGACUCAGGACUCCGAGAGGAAUGUCAUACCGAUGCGCCUCAAAGUGACCGCACUUGCUUGAAUACUGGCCCACCUGUUACCCCGGCUGAUUUGCUGAGUUGGAAUCAAGGCAGCAUAUCAUCGCCAGGGACUUGUGAUCAGACUGAUAAAAGCCCUGCUCCGCCCGAAGUCAGCUUGAGCUGCCCGCGUGUCUUGCCAUCACCUUCCCCAGAUUUGCCAGCACGACCUAGAAUUGGCACCAUUAUGCAAGACGGAUCCGCAGUAGACGAUGCCAACUUUGGGCCCGAAAUCCAUGGAGAUCGGGUGGCAGUCCCGGAGGAUAGGGUAACAACAAUACAAAUUGGUGAGGCUGAUGAACCGUCGAUCAGCCAGACUAUUUCGGAUAAGGAUACCAAAGGCAGAUCUACUGAGAGCCAAACCUCUGACUCCUCACGUCUCGGACUUCAAAUUCGCGGGGCUAAGCAAUCGCUAACUACGAUGGCAAGCAAGCCUUGCCUUCGUCCGCGACGAAUAGCAAAAUCCACAUUACCUUCUGUUUCCGUUAUUAUUCCAGCUCGUCGAGACGAUGAAUUAGUGGCAAGGACCAGGAAUCACCCCCCAACCAGAGCCCGAAGUUGUAGCCACUCAGGCGACAGCGAAACUGAAAACAGCAAUCUCGAUAAUGAUCUAAAAAAGCAGACUUUGACGUCAACAGUUUCAGGUGGAUCGAAUCUCAAGGCAAAGGGGCGCCCACGGGGAAGACCAAAGAGGGUACAGGGAAUCGUCUUAGCCCCGAGAAAAGAUAGCGUCGGGAAAAGCACUAGUCAGUCUCAACCGGCCCUAGGGGGUGGUUUGGCUGUCACUUUGGAUAAAUCUCAAGAGAUUUUCGGCCGCGGAGUUCUUCGUAUCCAAGCUCACGGUCCUCGGCAUGUCUAUUUCAUGACGUUCCUGCCAGAGAUUUCUCAUAGUCCUUCUACACCAUCACCCUCUGAGACACCUCCUGAGCACUCUUCGCGCCCUGAAGAGUUCUUGAACAGCGCAAAACCGCGACAGAUAGGACGCAGCAAACGUCAUGAAAGAGAAGUAACUCCAGCUUGUGAGGAUAAAGCCGGAUGUUCAACCAAAAGCGCCACGACUGCCACGACACUCAUCAUAUCGUGA